ACAGCACCGUGACAGCCUUCAGCCAUGGCUGUGGUAUCGCAGAGAGGCCGCUCGUACAAUCAGACAGAUUAUAGCAUAGGCGCUAUAACUUGAACACUUUUGCAAUCUUCAUAGCCCGUGUGCCUCCUUCCUUCUACAUUCCACCACUCGAAACAAGCAACAAGACGAACCAUGCCGUCCACCAAGAGCGAACUUGUCUCCAAGAUGCCCAUAAUCGCGCAGUUUGACGGCAACUCGUUUGUCGUAGGCGGUGGAGUCGCCAUCUUCCAUGUUGCGACUGGUCGCGUUGUAGUGUGCAGCUACAUGUAUCGCGGACAGCAGGUCUAUUUCCUACCCAAAGGACGGCGCGAUGCAGGAGAAGAAAGCGGUCCAGGUGCAGAGAGAGAAGGAUAUGAAGAGUCAGGUUACCGCAAUCGUCUUCUCCCCCUUCCGACAGCUCACUGUCAGCCGCAAGCCCAUCCACGCGUACACGCUCCUCUGCUUACUGCAGAACCUGUUUGGAUGCAGUUAAUGCCGCUUGCAACACGACAGUAUGUCAUCUAUUGGUAUGUCGCUGAGACGCUGCCUCCCGAUGCCGAAGUCAUACUGGAAACGCAAGCUGGCGAUGCAUAUAAACCUCCUCCGUCAUAUCCACAACGUCUAUCGUUGAAAGACAGGAUCAAACAAGAGCCCGAGGGAUAUGAGCCGCGACAUCAUGAAAAUACAGGAGUGGAUGCUGAAGAAAGGACGUAUAAGAGCGAGCUCAUGAGUGUGGAGGAUGCGGUGGGUUUGAUGAGAGCUGGGUUUCCAAGUAUGGGAUGUGUAAUGGCAGAUGUAGUACUGAAAGGAUGGGAAGGCAUUCAGCAAAGAUUCGCGAUGGAGGAUGCUGCUACACACGAGAGUCCUGAGGCAGUAUGAUGCACGAACAUGAUAUGAGACAUACGAUCAUGAGUGGAGAAGACAGUUCCCUGUUCAGUAGCAAUACAAUCACACAUAUGCCCUCAG